GAACGGCGACGCGAGGGGCACGAGCGCGAGGACGACCUCGAUCGACAAUCCCAGGCGUCCACGUACCGCGAACAUCCGAAGGUCGACAAGCCGCGCAUCACGUUGUCUACUUUCACAGGCAGCGAUCCGGACGCAUGGCUCCACAGGGCAGUCCAAUAUUUUGAGCUUAAUGAAACCGACGGCCCCGAUCGCGUGAGAUACGCAGCUUAUUAUCUUGAUGGUGAGGCCAACGUAUGGUGGCAAUGGCUCACACGGAUCUAUCGCAAGCGACAUCAAAUUAUUACCUGGGAUAUUUUUGAGAAAGAGUUGCUUACGCGAUUUGGUACAUCCGAUUAUCAUAACUACAAUGAGGCUCUUACGCGCAUACGGCAAACAGGCAGCCUACGCGAAUAUAUUAGGGAGUUCGAACGAUUAGCUUGUCGCGUACGCGAUUGGCCGGAAGAUGCCCUGGUUGGCGCGUUCAUCGGCGGUUUGAAAUUUGAUCUGGCCGCUGAAGUUCGACUCGAGAGGCCCGACACCAUGCAUGAAGCGAUGGAAGUGGCACGACGGCGAGAAGAUCACCUGGUCGCCACGCGAAGGGGACGGGCGGACGUGCGAUUCACGGAUACGCGUCGCACGGGACCUAACCCAGCCACGGCCAGCACACGGCCGAACAUUAAUACUCGGCCAGCGGGGUCGAUAGUAAGGCGGCGGUCUCCCGAGGAGGUCAAGCGGCGACGUGAGAAGGGUCUUUGUUUUAAGUGCGAGGAGAAGUUCACUCCGGGGCAUCAGUGCAAGCAAGCCUUUGUCAUUGAGGUAGCCAACCUGGACGACAAGGAGGAUGAGGUCGAGGAGGAACCGCCUCAGGAGGACGAGAUUGAGGACUUUAGUGAUGAGCCCGAGAUUUCGAUGCAUGCAAUGGCAGGGAUCAGAGGGCCCAGGACAAUGCGAUUACCCGCAUGGGUCAAAGAUCGGAGAGUAAUGGUGCUCGUAGACAAUGGUUCCUCACAUAAUUUCAUCAAUGCUGACUUGUCGCAAAAGUUGAGAUUGCCAACCAAAAAAAUCGAGCCCUUUGAGGUACGAGUAGCCAAUGGAGAGAGGUUGCGAUGCUCUGAGUCUUUUCGGAAGGUGCCAAUCAAGUUCCAAGGAGUCACGGUAAAAGCUGAUCUGUAUGCUUUACCACUAGUUGGACCAGAUGUCGUGCUGGGAGUCCAGUGGCUCGAAGGACUAGGCAAGGUGACGACCGACUAUCGAACAGGAGUUAUGGAGUUCAACUCCGAAGGACGGCAGGUCAUCUUAAGUGCCGGCACUGAUAAGGAAACUAAGGAAGUAGGGCUGAAAAAUAUUGAAAGAGUUUGGCGAGGUGGAGGCCAAAUUUUUGCAGUAAUAGUCGAGGACGUGGGAGCACACCCGAACAGGGACGCACAACAACAGGGAGAUGUGCGUGAGCUUCUUGAAGAGUUUGAAGGGGUAUUGGGCGAGCCCAAAGGACUACCACCGCACCGAGAGUUCGGUCAUCGCAUACCACUGGUCAAUGAACAGCAUGCCAUUCACGUCCACCCCUAUAGGUAUGCUCACUUUCAGAAAACCGAGAUCGAGCGGCAGGUUGCCGAGAUGCUUGAAUCAGGACUCAUACAGCAUAGCAAGAGUCCGUUUUCUUCUCCAGUCCUGUUAGCCAAAAAGAAAGACGGCACGUGGAGGUUCUGUACUGAUUACCAAGCCCUAAACGCUGCAACCAUCAAAGACCGGUUUCCUAUUCCAAGUGUUGAUGACAUGCUUGAUGAGUUAGCAGGGUCGCGAUACUUCUCUAAACUUGAUCUACGAGCUGGUUAUCAUCAGAUUCGGCUCCACAAAGCCGACAUUCCUAAGACGGACUUUCGUACGCACCAAGGGCACUAUGAGUAUCUGGUUAUGCCGUUCGGCUUAUGCAACGCCCCAUCCACUUUCCAGUUCGCCAUGAACUCUAUUUUCAAGGAGUAUCUGCGUAAGUUCGUUCUGGUAUUCUUUGACGAUAUCCUGAUUUAUUCAAAGUCAUGGGACGAACAUCUUGGGCAUCUAAGGAUAGUUCUCGAAAUUCUGGAGGCCAACUCAUUCCACAUCAAACCAUCUAAAUGUUCAUUCGGACAGGAGAUGGUUGAAUAUCUUGGACAUUUCAUAUCACAUGACGGUGUGAAGGUCGACCCACGAAAAAUUGAGGCUAUGGUCGACUGGCCUAAGCCAACUAGUCUCACACAGUUGAGAGGAUUUUUGGGGCUUACAGGUUACUACCGGAAGUUUGUAAAGGAUUAUGGAACCAUCGCUAAGCCACUGACAGCAAUGACUAAGAAGUGUGGGUUCACAUGGACCGAAGCUAGCGAGAAGGCGUUUGGAAAAUUAAAAGAAGCUAUGACGACAACGCCGGUACUCGCCAUGCCCAGAUUUGAUGUCUUGUUCGAG